UGAUUAAAAAUAUUAACUUAUUUUAAACUAACAAAUAUUUGCCGACAGUUUUCAUUAGUGACAGACUUAUAGCAUAAACUAAUUAAUAUAUUAACAGAAUUGUUGAAUAUAUAGACAAAUAUCUAUAAGAARACAAUGGAAGACAAGUCAGAGACAGGACUUAUAAGCGGUGACACAAAUCUUAGUCUAUUGUCGAUUGCAAGUGCUUUACGCCGGGGAUCGCCAUUAAAUGAAGGCAUUAAUCAAACAAUUGGUGACAAAGUCGUCAGUAAACUCAUAGGUGUUGCCAAUACUGAACAAUCAUCCGAGUUAUCUAUCAAUGAAACAAUUGAACAAAUGUCUGAUUUGUCACUAAACAAAAAGAGUGAAACACUUCAGUCAAUUGGCAACCGAUUGGCAAACAAUGGUCUGUAUAUGGAAGCCAUCAAAUACUACAGCAAAGCCAUUGCAUUUUACGACGAAGACUAUAGGCUUUACUGCAACCGAAGCUUUUGUUAUGAGAAGCUUAUGAAAUAUGAAGAGUCGUUGGCCGACGCAUUGCGAUCAGUCAUUCUUAUGCCAACCAAACCUAAGCCUUACUUCAGACAAGGAAAGGCACUCAUCGGUCUUAAGAGAUACUCAGACGCAGAAAAAGCAUUCAUUAAGAUAUUGCAGAUCAAUGGCAACUGUGAAGACACUAAUAAAGAACUUCUUAAAACACGAUAUUUAGCGCUAAGAGAUUAUGGUCUUAAUAUAGAAGACGCAUCACUUGCGGCCAUCAAUUAUAAUAGUAUAGAAGUGGCCAUUAAAGCAUCGGAAGACAAAAACAAAAAGAUUGCAAACAAUUUGUUGACUAAUAGGAGCACUUCUUAUGAUAGCCUAAUGGACCCAAACUUAUUUGAAGACAACAAGCAAUCAAAUCAGUGUAAUCAUCAAUACAGACAAUGGAUGCAAUCGGAGAAGCAAUCAAUUUCAACGACUAAAAAUCACUUCAAUGGUUAUCGACGAUCUCAAAGUCGACCGCCUGCAAGACAAACGUUUUCGUGCGUCAAUUGUAGUCAUUCAAGUCAUACAAACUGUUCAAACGCUUCAAAGUCACCACAAUAUGUACACAAAAGAAGCCAAUCAGUUGAUAAUGCAUUGCGUGUCAAAAGACAGGAUCAGGUAUUUGUAAGAAAGCAUAAGAUCGCUGAACAUCGGUUACCAAAGAAUUUGUUCGGUUAUAAAGGACUAUGGAUUGGAAACGUAUCGCCUGGUUGUCGGCCAUCGCUUUUAUGGUCAAUAUUUGCCAAAUACGGACCACUAGACUAUGUGAAUGUAGUGCCAAAAUCUUACUGUGCUUUUGUUAAUUAUUUUGACAAAAACUCUCCGCGUAUUGCAAUCGCUUCACUUUAUGGACAAACCGUUUGUGGGGUUAGUAAUGGCGAGCGUCCGCUGGUCUUCAGAUUUAUUCCAUCAAAUGAUCAAAAAGACUUGCAUUAUAUGCGUCCGUAUCAGCCAAGAGGUACCAAUGAGUGCUAUUUCUGGCGCACCACUGGAUGCAAGGAUCACAAGUGUCCACUACUUCACUAUCCAAUGUGUAAAGGCAUUGAUUUCCAGCCCUGGAUGAACAGGAAGUUUAAAAAAUAAUAAUA